CAUGUGAAAUAUGUGUAGAACUGAAAUGUGUAAACUUCUCUUUAGGUCUUUAAACCUUCACAUUACUUUAAUUAUCGAAUUUAAUUAUUGAAUCUGGACUGUAAUCAUGAAUUGAAGCUACUGAUUGCUGUUGCCUGCUUGACAAUACAGUCAGUCAUUAAAGAAUAAAAACAGUAACAGGAGAAAGUCUCGGGGAACUUCCUUUAUGUUUUGUUAACCAUAAGGAUGUAACUGUAACCCUCUUCUUCUUCUAGUGAACUAUGGCACUGCGCAGCUCUCUCCCUCACAUGGAGAUUGGAGACUCUGACCUUGAAGGCUGGGAAGUGAAAGGCUCUGGUGGUUUUGGACAAGUCUACAAAGUCAGACAUAAAAAGUGGUGGUGUGAUGUGGCUGUUAAACUGCUCCAUUGCGAUGAUGGGACCAGUUCAUCCUUGCUGCGUGAAGUCAAAAUGAUGAGUAAAGGAAGCAGCCCAUAUGUCAUUCAAGUCCUUGGGGUCUUCAAGGGUCAACUGCCCUUUUCUGGGCCAUCAGUAAAGCUUGGGCUGGUCAUGGAAUUCAUGGAGAGAGGAUCACUGUUUUCUCUGCAGAGAAAUUUACAAGGACCCCCGCCCUGGCCCCUGGCCUUCAGACUGACCCACCAGGUGGCCCUGGGUAUAAACUUCCUCCACAAUCUUUCUCCUGCCCUGCUGCACUUGGACCUGAAGCCGAGCAACGUGCUGCUGGACUCCUCUCUGAAUGCCAAGCUUACAGAUUUUGGCCUUGCCAGGUUUUCCCAAAGUGUGACACGAAUCUCCAAGAAGGACAGGGAAGAAGAAGAAGGGGGAACUAUCAGCUACAUGCCCCCAGAGGCAUUCAGCAUCUCAUACAACCCCAGGCGGGCAUCUGAUAUCUACAGCUAUGGUAUACUGCUGUGGUCCAUUGUCACAGGAAAAGAACCAUAUCCAUACGCACCGUCCAGCAUAGUUCGUUUCCGCAUCCCACAGGGAGACCGUCCAUCACUGGAUGAGAUCCGGCGUCUGGCUGCAGGACUUGCUGGGUUAGCUCGACUAAUGGAGCUCAUGCAGAGAUGCUGGGAGACAAAACCUGCUCAAAGACCCAACGCCCAUGCGUGCACAAUUGUAACAGAAGAACUGUAUAAGAUGCACAAACGUGCAAUUACUGAUGCUGUUCAUGAAGUGCUGAAGAAACUGGACCAGACCGAAUCAGAGGAAAUAACAGAGCAGUUUCAGAGGGUUUCUGUUACUCAGUCUUCAGUGAGAGUCAGAGUGGAACGUGCGCACAUUUGUGAAGAUGUGCAGACAGGGCGUCCGCCCAUUCAGGAAGUGGCUGGUGGUUGGGCUGCAAUUCAAAGAGACAGUGCAAGCGGUAAAGAUUUGCCUUCACCUCAAGCCACCAUUUUGACGGAUGUGGACCAUCCCCGCUCAGCAGACUACAAAAUGAAACCAUCCUCUGUUCAGCCCAUUCAGUCGCAGCCCCCGUUGACUCCGAUUUCUUUAAAGUUGCCGCAAAAUAAAACACCAAAAAAAUCUUUAAAGGAAAGCUUUUCUCCUCAGUACCAGCGUCAGUUCUCCAGCCCCGACAAUUUCUUCUGCCAUACUGCACGUAGACUCAACAUAAGCCUAUGCAAUGUAACUGGAUUGCAAUUAGGUGACAACAACACCAUGCACAUCCACGCCUCAGAUUCCAUGGAGCGGAAGAGGCACCCAACAGCACCAUCUACCGUUAAUGUCCCCCUGCCACACUUGGGAAGCAGGGGGGACAAGACUGGAGGAGCUGACUGAAUGUCAUGUCUAAUUUUUUGUUAU